AUGGAAAAACCACCCACCAAGCGCCGCACCACCACCACUCGACAAAAAUCAACCAUGAAAUCUACUGAUUCUCGUCCAACUCCCACCACUCCCACUCGUCGCUCAACACGACAUGCAAACACCUCUCAUAAUCCCACUCCAUCUGAGCAAACUACGGAAGAAUCUCAAAACCCUAAUCUUCAUCUUCCCUCAACCCAGAUCGUUUCUGCUCCUCAACCCACCAAACCAUCCUCCUCACACGUUUCCACUCAAUCAAGCGAAGGAACCUCUCUUGUCUCUUCGUCUUUCCAAGCCUAUGACCAUCCAUCUGAAAUCUCAACAAAAGAAUUCAUCUCUGAUGAUGAUGUUCGUUCUCUCUAUAACGAAAAAUGGCGUUCACUCCCUAUCGUGGCCGGCAAAACCGUCAACUUGGAUAGUUACUCUAUCUGGGGUUACGACAUAAACGAGCUUGCAAUAGCUACAGAAGCCUCUGAAAGUGAUACACAGCUAAUCUCAUCUGUAAAGGGUCGUCAAAUAACCCUAACCCCAGAGCUCCUUUGCGACAUUUUGCAUGUCCCAAACAAUGGACUUCAUCUCUUUAAUGAUGAAUGGCCCUCAUCUUAUGACCUAGACAUUGAAUCCUACAGACUCUCCAUCACCAAACAUCAAACUGACCGUUUUGUGUCUGCCAACCUUGAACCCCUCAGCCAUAUCAUUCAUAACUUCUGCAUUCACACUAUCCUUCCAAGAAAAGGAAGUAUGGAACGAGUCACUGAUAAAGACCUACUUGUCAUCUAUCAUUUCUCAAAGAAAACUCCUCUCAAUAUAGGAUAUUUGGUGCUCAACUAUAUCAAACACACUGGUCUUAGAGCAAGAAGCGCCCCUUAUGGUAUGCUUCUUACCAAAAUAUUCAAGCAUUUUAAUGUUCCUCUGGAUGAUGAGGACUCCUUCGAGAUCAACAAAAUACUGGAUGCCUCCAAGCUGAAGCGCAUGAAAAUUCCUUCACUCAAGCGUGCACCAUCACCUAAACCUGAGGCCAAAUCAAAAUGCAGGCGUCUUGUUAAGCAAUAUGCUCCAACUGAACCUUUAACAACAGGUACUGAAUCUCCUAACUCUCCAAACAGCCUGACCACAAAUUCUCCCAUUCCACUAUCUGUGGCUCUUCCAAACACUGCUGACCUAGAAUCCCCACAAAAGUCCUCACCAAUCUCUCCUCAUGCCUCUAAAUCUGUAUCUCCAAACCCAAAGGAAACAAAUAAACAAUCUCCUGUAACCACACAAUGCAUUGACCUCACAUCUACAUCACCAAUCCCAGUAGAAUCCCCACCACAAACGGUUGUCAUCACUCAAGCUCCAGCUUCUCUUCAAACUGAAACUAUCCCAAAUGUUUCAAGUCCUCCAACUCUGGAGACUUCUAACACUGACAUGAUCAACAUUUUCGCUCUUGAAAACCUUCUCUCAAGUCCUCCUAAUGCUUCAGCUUAUCAACCACCCUCACCAAUAUCUCCUCACACUCCUGCUUCAGCUCAGCUGUCCUCACUCAUAUCCAUGCUUGAGGCUGAAUUAUUAACUCCACCCACUUCAAAUCAACAAACUUCAAUUAUUCCCCAUGUUGCCACAUACACUUCUCCUACUAUGACAACAAAUCCUCUCUCCACGACCUCACCUCUGAAUUCUCCAAAUUCCUACAAAGAACCUUCUCCUAGAAGAAUCCAACUCUCCUCCAUCAAUCAUACUGACUCUGAUGAUCUUACUGCUCAGAUCGAAGCAUUCUUUAAUAACUCCAGUCAGCCACCUGAACAAACUGAUCCUACAGAAUCACACGCUAUGCCUUCUGUUCCACCACUUGAUCCUUAUGUUUUCCAAUCAAACUCCCCAAUAUUUUCUUCUCCAAAGGAAGAUGAUGUUAACUCUUUUAACGUUCAAACACUGCUUGCUCCAAGGUAUGACUCGUCACCUCCAAGAAACACCACUAAUAAUUCAAAUACCCUUCCUCAAAAUCCCAUUGCAUCCAUCACAUCCUCAUUCUUUAAUAAUUUCCCCAGCAUUGGUAAUCGUCCUCCAGUUUAUCCUCGAUCUGCAACCUCAUCUGAAACGGUUAACCCCCAUCAGGGCGUCAACCUUCGAUCAUUUACAGCUCUCCAAAAGCAGUUAAUGGCUUACCAAAAAUUCUGGAUUGAUUAUGUCACUAAACAAGUAUGCCCGAGGUUUCCAGGAAUGCCUCCUCCGGAUCCCUCUCAGAUUCAGUUUCCAUUUCUGCCAUUAUCUUCUGAGGCAACAUCUGAUGAUGAACCAUCUGGUUCUUAA